CAUUUAGAUAGGUGUAAAACUUCAAAGUUGUCAUUGUCAGUUGUGAAGACAACACCACACACGUCAGGACAUGUGCUAAUGGAAGAGCUAAGGACUAGAAUGCUCAAUCUUGCUGUGAUUGCAAGCCUUCUAUUCUCUAUCUGUAAGGCAGACUCUGAAGUUGGCAAUUAUGGUGUCAGUGAAGCCUCCUCUUACCAAAAUUACUUACCCAAUGGAGCUAAUAUGAGGCCACAACAACAACUACUACAACAACAAUUACUACAACAACAACUACAACAACAACAAUUACAACAACAACAACUACAACAACAACAGCAUCAGAAUCAUUUUGGGGGUGACAGAUCAGACCGAUUUUUAUACCCGCCUCGCAGCUACUACGCUCGCUGGGCAGCUGACGAGGAACGAAAAGACAACAACCAAAACAACCAGUGGCAAAACUGGCAGGGACGACCGAUGCAGUCCAACUACAACAACUAAAGAUUAUAAACAGCCUUAUUUUGAACAUGUUAAAUUCAAAUGGAAAAGAUGAGUUGUUCAAGAAUGCAACAGGUUUUACUGCUACAGUGUUAUACAUAUUAAAAUAAAUAAAUUCAGCUGAUCUAAAUUAUUAUUUUGCUUCGCUA